UCCCCUCUCCUCUCCGCCCCCCUCUUUGCCAGUCCUUUCAUUUUUAUUCUCUUUCUUCCAAUAGCUCCUUGCCCAUCAAAAUGUUCUCUCUCAGGACGGCGCAGCCCGCGCAGUCUUUCCUCCGUCGCGUUGCGGCCCCGACUUCCUUCGUCCGCUCAUCCAUCCCGGCGAGAUCCUUUGCUAGCGUGCAGUCGGAUAUCUUUAAGCCCACCAAGUAUGGAGGCAAAUACACCGUCACUCUGAUUCCCGGUGACGGAAUCGGUGCCGAAGUUGCUGAAUCGGUCAAGACUAUCUUCAAGGCCGACAAUGUCCCCAUUGAGUGGGAGCAGGUAGAUGUUAGCGGUGUGGAUACCGGUAACAAGCAUUCAGAGGAGCUUUUCAAGGAAUCCAUUGCCUCCCUGCGGCGUAACAAGUUGGGUCUGAAGGGUAUUCUCUUCACCCCCGUUGAGCGCUCCGGUCACCAGUCUUUCAACGUUGCUCUUCGUCAGGAGCUCGAUAUCUUUGCCUCGAUCGUUCUUAUCAAGAACAUUCCGGGAUACAAGACUCGCCACGAGAAUGUUGAUCUUUGCAUUAUCCGUGAAAACACCGAGGGCGAAUACUCUGGCCUCGAGCACCAGUCCGUCCAGGGUGUGGUGGAGUCGUUGAAGAUCAUCACUCGUGCCAAGUCUGAGCGCAUUGCUAAGUUUGCCUUCGGCUUUGCCCUUGCCAACAACCGCAAGAAGGUCACUUGCAUCCACAAGGCCAACAUCAUGAAGCUUGCCGACGGACUUUUCCGCAGCACCUUCCACAAGGUUGCAGAGAACUACCCGACUUUGGAGGUUAACGAUAUGAUUGUUGACAACGCCUCCAUGCAAGCUGUCUCGCGGCCCCAGCAGUUCGACGUUAUGGUCAUGCCCAACCUGUAUGGAGGUAUCCUCUCCAACAUUGGUUCUGCUCUUGUCGGCGGUCCCGGCGUUGUCCCUGGCUGCAACAUGGGACGUGACGUUGCAGUGUUCGAGCCUGGUUGCCGUCAUGUUGGGCUUGACAUCAAGGGCAAGGAUCAGGCGAACCCCAGCGCUAUGAUCCUUUCCGGAUCCAUGCUCCUGCGCCACCUGGGAUUGGACGACCACGCGAACCGCAUCUCGAAGGCCGUCUAUGAUGUGAUCGGUGAAGGCAAAACGAGGACCCGGGAUAUGGGUGGACAGGCCACCACUCAUGAAUUCACCAGAGCCGUUCUUGACAAGAUGGAGGCUGCUCUGUAAUUUUUGUCUCACUUGAGAAUUUACCCUUCGCCCUACGUUUGGUACUUGCUACAGUUAUGAUGAUGAGAGCUUGUAUAGGCCAGUUAACUGUUUUCGUUUUUCUUUGCUUGUAGACCAUGUCUGGCCCUCCUGAACUAUUUCUAUAUCCUGUAUCUCCUUUCACCUGGAACAACACCGAUGGUGUCUUACGCAACGACUUGCGGCGUUAGACAAAGAUGUGGGCUAGGGUGUGUAAAACUAUACAC